AUGCGCUACUCCAACAUCUUAGUGCCAGCUCUGGCAUCCCUCGCCCUGGCGGCACCUACAUACCCUACGCUAAACCUCAAGGCCGCAUUGCCAGGUAAUAUUGAGGACAUUUCCGAGUACUUCAACUUGCUCGCAACCAAGGUCCAAGCUCUGAAGUACUUGUCCACCGAACCUAUUUGCGACUUGUCUAAGGCUAAGAUGAUCUCUCCUGCGGAGAACCUUCCCGCUCCUUCCAAGGGCUUGACGCUUAAGCACGUCGCUAUCGGUCGCGGCACCCAAAAUUACACUUGUGAUACCAGCAACUCAACAGCCGUCCCGGUGGCUACCGGUGCCGUUGCCACUCUUUUCAAUGCCAGUUGCGUUGCAGCUAUGUAUCCCGACCUCCUCGAGAAGCUACCUUCAGUAUCGAUGAGCUUCAACCUCACCGACAGCUCAGCUCACCCACGCCUUGGCCCCAGCAACCUUGCUGUCUCAGGUCAUCACAAUUUUCCUGCUGCGGGCGUCCCCCUCUUCCAGCUCGCGAUCAAUGGUGAGCAGAUUGGCGACGCAUUCUGUGCCAAGAACUCAUCGAUUCCCGCACCUCCUACGGCGACCGCCGGUCAGCAAGGAGAGGGUGCUGUGGCCUGGCUCAAGCUCCUCACCACAGAAGGCAGUACCGGUGGCCUCCAGGAGGUUUACAGAAUUACCACGGUCGGUGGUAGUCCUCCUACUUCUUGCAAAGGCCAGCCCGCCACAUUUGAGGUUCAAUACGCUGCACAAUACUGGUUCUAUCAGGGCUCCGCCCCAGUCAAGUCUGCCGCCCCUUAA